GCGGGUGCCUCCCUUCUUUCGGCUCUUUUUGCCGUUAUCUUCCCCCUGUGGAUGGGUAUGCCAGAGGCCACCCGUCAAACGGGUGGGCGCUUCUCGUCGCUCGUUCUGCUCUCGUCCCUCGUUCUUCUCUCGUUCCUCGUUCUUCUCUCGUUCCUCGUUCUGCUCUCGUCGCUCUUCCACCACUGUGCUGCCCACAGAUCCAUCCACAGGGGGGGCCUCCCUCCCUGGUACAUAUAUACGGAGAAAGCCGAACCAAAGCCUAUUCAAUCAUUACGCACCUCGGCGACCGUGAGUUGUUGGUGUGGAUAUUGA